AGCCCUGUUACACAUGUACGUGUACACUUUGAAAAAAAUAACAACUAAUUUUUUAUUUAUAAUUAUAAAUAAUAAAUAAAAAAUUAAAUAAACUAACUAACUUAAUUAUAAAUUUCUUUCCAUAAACAAAUGGCGUUUGUCUAGAGUUCCAGUUAAAAGUCAAGAAGUCUUCAUGAUUAAAAGAAAAUUAUAAAAAUAUAUCAAACAAAAAUAAUGGUUAAAAUAACACUCUUGCAUCCUGACUUGGGUAUUGGUGGUGCUGAAAGAUUAGUUGUUGAUGCUGCAUUGGCAUUAAAAAAACAAGGUCAUGAUGUUAAUUUUGUAACAACUCAUCAUGAUCAUGGACAUUGUUUUGCUGAAACAUUGGAUGGUACAAUUCCAGUAACUGUUGUUGGUGAUUGGAUUCCUCGUCAUAUAUUUAAAAAAUUUUAUGCACUCUUAGCAUAUAUUCGUAUGAUUUAUGCUGCUUGUUACAUGCUUCUUGUCAUGUCAAAUAAACCUGACAUUGUUAUUUGUGAUUUAGUAUCAAUUUGCAUUCCAUUUCUUCGUUUAUUCAGACCAAAAAUAAUUUUUUAUUGUCAUCAUCCUGAUCAGUUGUUAUCAACUCGUGGUAGUUUGUUAAAAACAUUUUAUAGAAUUCCAUUAAAUUAUCUUGAACAAAUAACAACUGGACAAGCUGAUAAAAUAUUUGUCAAUAGUUGUUAUACACUUGAAGUAUUUAAAAAAACAUUUACAAAAUUAACAAUACAACCAGAUAUUUUAUAUCCAUCAAUACAUACUGAAUUUUUUGAUUCACAAAGAAUAUCAUCACUUGAAAAAACUCUUGAUCAAAAAUUACCUCAUAACUCAAAUAUUUUAUUAUCAAUAAAUCGUUAUGAGAGAAAAAAAAAUCUUGGCUUAGCACUUUAUGCCCUAGCUGAAUUAAAAAAUUUAUUAUCAACUGAUGAAUGGAAUAAAACAUUAUUAAUAAUGGCUGGUGGUUAUGAUAAAAGAGUUGAAGAAAAUGUUGAUCAUUAUAUGGAGUUAUGUGGUAUGGCUGAUGAACUUGGUAUAAGUGAUAAAGUUUUAUUUUUAAGAUCACCAUCAGAUAAUGAUAAAAUGUCAUUAUUAAAAUAUUGUAAAAUUUUAAUUUAUACACCACCAAAUGAACAUUUUGGUAUUGUACCACUUGAAGCAAUGUAUUUUGAAAAACCAGUUAUUGCACAUAAUUCUGGUGGACCAAGAGAAACAAUUAUUAAUAAUAAUACUGGUUUUUUAAUUGAUGAAUUAAAUGGACAAGCAUUUGCUCAAUCAAUUGUUAAAUUAAUUAAUGAUGAAACAAUGAGAUUGACAUUUGGUGAAAAUGGAAAAAAUAGAGUUAUGAAAAUAUUUAGUUUUGAUGCAUUUAGUGAACAGUUGAAUAAAACUGUUAUGCAAUUAUCCUCAUUAUAAUUAUUUAUAUAUUAAUUAUCAUUUUGUUAAUAAUAUAAAUUUUUUAA